ACAUUCAUGUAUGAAAUGUUGCGUUCUCGUAAUUCGAUCCUGCCAAUGUCGACAAUCGCACAGAGAACGCGUCUUCUCGCACAACGGCGCAUCUUCACAGCGCCCCAGAGACUGUACGCGACUACAGACUCUGUCCCAAAACCUCCGCCCCCUGCUCAACAACCACCAGUCGAGACGUUCUCUUCACCGUCCAAACCCAGAUUAUAUUAUGCUCGGCCACCCUCCAAGUCAGACCUCCCAGAAAUAAAGAAACGAUGGCCAUUAGUCCUUGCCUUCGCUACUCUUGGUGUUGCCGGAUGGGCAGCGUUCCUUCUGUUCGUGACCAACCAAGAGAAACUGGCUAGUUCCGUCGUGAAACAAAUCCUUCAAACAGUCCGAGAGCAUGAUGAUCUGAAAGACGUUCUUGGCGAUGCUAUUCGUCCCGAACCCACAUGGUACCUGAAUGGGGAUCCCUGGAUAAGUGGCUCGGUCAACCUUCCUGCUGGGCAUGUGGACUUGAGCUUCCGUGUGAAGGGACACCGAGGGAGUGGCACUCUAUACUUCACAAGCAUACGAAAGGCGAAGGGAGAGCCGUUCACCCCUCUACGAUUCCGAGUCAUAUCCGACGACGGAAGAGUCAUCAAUGUGCUUACUCCAUCAUCUGAUCUGGCAGCGUAAUGAGUAAGACUACGGGCUCGGUGGGUUGCAUUUCUCCGCGCUACGGUUCCGCAUAAUGCCUCAUGACUUGCGUCGCGCGGUCGUGCAGGGGCACUGGUUGAGUUACAUAGUCUCAGGGAAUGUUGAUUGUCCCUUCCGGACCAUGGCUGUGGCAUCGCCCUAACCAACUCGAUGAGAAUAUGUCAAUAUGUAAGGUACUCCGAUAUGGAGGUAAUACAAAUCUAAGCUCCUUG